GCAGCUGUACUCUGGCUGUACGAUUGAAAUAGAUUAAAAAUUGGAAAUCAUGGCAGCAGUUCUGCUAGCAAAAGUAUACUUUCGCAGUGUAAUACGCUUUUCCGAUCGAGAGUAUGAGCGUUGAAGAGACAGAGUGAAAGAAUUACAUCUCUAAUUUAAAUAAUGGAUCAUACCGAGGGAUCCGAAGAUGGUGGCGAAGGAGGAGACGAUCAGGAAGAUUCUUCUUUUCCCCAAGAAUCGAAAGUAGAAGAUGCAUUGGAAUCCUUCCGAGAGCAAUGGCAACGGGAACUGAAAAUAUCACCUAAACAAGAGACCUUUAAAAAUUCUAUCGUUAAGCCUCUCGGUACUAAUGGCUUAAAUGAUGAUUCGUCCUCGGUUGAAUGCAAGGCUAAGAGCUUAUUUCUGAAAGGAAUUGAACACGAGCAAACAGGUAAAUUAUACGAGGCAGUUCAAUUCUACAAGAGAGCAGUACAACUCGUACCUGAUAUUGAAUUUCGUUUGUAUGAAUCUACAAAAGUAAAGAUUCGAGAUAAAUUCAGUAGCGAUGAAAAACUAGAUAAGAUUGAUUCUAAUGUGCAAGACUCCAAUAAAUCAGAAGAUGAAGAUAAUGACGAUGGGGAUGACAGUGAUCUGUUCUCAAAACUUUCCAGAAUUGUUUACCAAAAUCAAUGCGUUUGUUUUCCUCGGUUUGAACAAAGUACUGUGCACAUCUCGGCCCUACCAAUGGAAAUAGUUCUUUAUAUUCUUAGAUGGGUAGUUUCCUCAGAGCUGGACUUGAGGUCGUUAGAAUUGUUUUCUAUGGUAUGUCGGGGUUUCUAUAUAUCGGCAAGGGAUCAAGAAAUAUGGAGAUUGGCAUGCGUGAGAGUGUGGGGUGUAAAUUGUGGAAACUUUGAAUCGAAAUACAAUUCAUGGAGGGAAAUGUACUUGAAACGGCCUAGGUUGAGAUAUAAUGGAUGUUACAUCAGUAAAACUACGUACAUACGCCAUGGUGAAAAUAGUUUUCAGGAUCAGUUUUAUAGGCCUUGGCAUCUUAUCGAGUAUUUUAGGUACCUGAGAUUCUUCCCGGAAGGACGAGUGUUAAUGUUAACAUCAACGGACGAAGCGCAAACUUGUGUAAAUUCUUUGAAGUAUCGCACUCCAAGGAAUAUCUCGGUGCUAGUUGGGCACUGUCGACUUCACGAUAAUUACGUUACGCUAAUACUUAAAAAGCAGGAGACUAAGGGAAGCAAUAACGUGUACAGACGAAAGAGGAGAGAGCCUAUGCAAGAUGGCGGAGAGCAGACGUUCCAUAUUGAGUUUGAAAUUCAAAACCACCACAAAAGGGUCAACUCGCAACUGACGUGGUUAAAGUAUAACAUUUUUACUAAAUAUAGAAACGGGCAAGAAGGAUCUACUUGCUUAAAUCUUACCAGCCGAUAUCCGCCAUUUAGAUUCAGUAGAGUGAAAAGUUAUACAUUAGAAAGUGAAGCUCCCCUACAGUGAUCAGUUUUGCAAAUUUUCGUCAUAUAAAAGUAUUUCGUCUCAAAACACUGUUAUAACGCAAACUAAACAACUGUAUACUAGAUUUAAAUUUUUCUGCGAAUAUGAGCGGGAUCCUACAUUCUUAAAAAAAAAAAGAAAAGAAUCCAGUCUAUAUUUGUAGAUCUUCAACAGAAUUUAUUGAGAUCACAUAUUGUUAUUACAAUGUUUAAGAUUAAAUUAAACGUGAAGAGAUAUUUUCAAUGAAAUCCUGGCAAUUGAUCCUUUAAUUUCCCACAGUUACCACCGGGAAUUUAAAAAUAUCUCUUCAAGAAGUACUAAUCUUUUUCAAAUUGAUUUGUUAUUAUAGCGGUUGCAUUAUAAAAUUAAUAUACAUAAACAUUUAAGUUACGCACUUACACGGUGCCUUAAGACUCAAACUUUUAUUAUUUG